UUCUUAUCCAUAAACAUGAAGAAUAUCCUACAGUGGAGUCCACCAGAGGGCCUACAAGGAGUUGAAGUUACUUACACUGUGCAGUAUUUCAUAUACGGGCAAAAGAAGUGGCUGACUACAUCCGAAUGCAGAAAUAUCAACAGGACCUACUGCGACCUCUCUGCUGAAACCUCUGACUAUGACCAUCAAUACUAUGCCAAAGUUAAGGCCGUGUGGGGAACAAAUUGUUCCAAAGGGGCAGAAACUGGACGAUUCUAUCCUUUUUUAGAAACACAAAUUGGCCCACCAGAGGUUGCUUUGACAGCUGACGAGAAAUCCAUUUCUAUUGUUCUGACGGCUCCAGAGAAGUGGAAGAAAAAUCCAGAAGAAAGUUCUAUUUCCAUGCAACAAAUAUACUCUAAUCUGAAGUAUAAUGUGUCCGUGUAUAACGCUAAAUCAAACAGAACGUGGUCCCAGUGUGUGACCAGCCACACGCUGGUGCUCAGCUGGCUGGAGCCGGACACUAUGUACUGUGUCCACGUGGAGUCCUUCGUCCCAGGACCUCCUCGCCUUGCUCAGCCCUCUGAGAAGCAGUGUGUCAGUACUUUGAAAGACCCAGCAUCAGCAUUGAAGGUUGAAAUCAUCUUCUGCUACAUUUUGCCCAUAUCUGUUACCGUGUUACUUUUUUCUGUGAUGGGCUACUCCAUGUACAGAUAUGUCCACGUCAGCAAAGAGAAACACCCAGCAAAUUUGAUUUUGAUUUAUGGAAAUGAGUUUGACAAAAGAUUCUUUGUACCUGCUGAAAAAAGUGUGAUUAAUUUUAUCACCCUCAAUAUUUUGGAAGAUUCUAAAAUAUCUCAUAAGGAUGUGAGUGUAACGGAAAAAAGCAAUGAUGUGUGGGGCCUGAGUGAGCCCAGCGAGGACCAGGACCCCCGUCGGGAGGAAAUGGAGGUGACACACCUGGGGUAUACUUCACAGUUGAUGGGCGUUUUCUGUGGCUCUGAGGAAACCAAAGGUGCUUCCCACCCCCAGCCAGAGUCCCUCGGCAGACCGGUACCCACAGAUGCGGCCGUCACUGAAUACAAUAACGAUGUAAGAGCUGCUGACAUUGUGGGGCCUGCAGACCAAGAGCUUCAUUUGCAAGAGGAGGGGUCCCGACAAAGACAGUUAUCUGAGCGACAGGCGGCUUUGGCAGACGUGGGCCCAGGAACACUGCCGUCUUCAUAUACCCCUCAGCUCAGAGACUUGGAGCGCCGGCCACAGGAGCAGGUGGACACAGAAGAGGGGCCGGAGGAGGAGCCGUCGACCACACUGGUCGACUGGGACCCUCGGACGGGCAAGCUGUGUAUACCUUCGUUAUCCAGCUUUGAACGUGACUCAGAGGGACGUGAGCGUCCUGAGUGCGAGGACCUCCUGGAGGACGGCCUCUUGUCCAGACUGUGCGAGGACCAGGCUCCAGACAAGCCACUGAAAGAAAAUGAGACCUACCUUGUGCAGUUCAUAGAGGAAUGGGGGUUGUGUGUGCACAUGGGAGACUGA